UGAGAAGAAACUUCCGAUCCCGGGCGUAUUGGACUGUUGCUCAUCUGAAAAUUCGGCUUCAUUAGUCCGCUGGAUUAAUCGCAUACGAUCCGCUGGUUUCCAUGGAGGCCUUGCUGCUCUGGGUCUGUUAAUGGUGCUCGUGUUUGUACCCCAUCAUAGUCGAAACUGCGACGAUGGAUGUCGAAGCACAUCGGAAUUUGCAUGACGGGGAAGCCGGGGAUUGCCGGAGUUUUGGUAGUAACAUAUAUCCAUAUAGCCAAUCAAGGAAAGUCUCCAUAGGAGUAAUGGUAAACUCGGGGGCUACAGCAAGACAUGAAGCCAUGACAGGAAAUGAGGUUAACAUGACCAAUAUGGAGAAGGUAAUCUCUAACGUAGGAAAUUUCGCUGGUGAAAAAGGCAAGGCUGAAGGAGCGAGGGCCUGCCCUAGCAUGAAGCCAAUUGGUCCAGAAGAGGUGAAGUUUGCUCGAAUCACUAAAUCCUUUUGCCAAAGAACACCCAAUUCUGAGACCGUUCUUCAAGCAAACCAAACCUCUAAUUUACUAGUCUUUACUAGGAGACAGGACAAACCUGAUGGGGAUGAUACUUUAAUUUUUCAUCGCAAUGAUCUUAACCAGAAGAAACUUGAUGGAACAACCAGCAAACGAAAGGGAGGGAAGGAAGGAACCACUGGAAGGAUAGAGAAUGAAUUUACAUUCAACACUGCACGGGAAGUGGUCAAGUCUGAUAAAACCAAGCCAGAGGACAGAAGAAAUAAAACAGAAAAGAGAACAGAAGAUUUGAAGAUGAAGCUUUGGGAAAUAUUGGGAACCACUUCUUCUCCCAAGACCAGGCGCUCAGGUUCUAAAACUUCUAACAUGGAUGAGGAGAGCGUGCUGCCUAGGCAGCGUUUUGAUCAGGAGGAUGAUAAAUUGGUUAAGACCAGACAGCAGUCGGAUACAAUAGAAACCGAUUCUGAAAAUCUUGAUCAUACUAAUAAGAAGCCUGUAACGCGUUCUCUGGGCCGAAAGAGAGCGUCAGCUAAAUUGAAACCCCCAAAAAUUGCCCCGUCUCCAAAAGGCAAAAAGCGGCAACGAGAAAAAGAUAUUUUCUCUUCCAAAGAACAAUGGACUGGGAAGCAACACGUUGAUCAGCAUGGGGUUUCCCGAAUUCCAUCGAGGGAAAGGGAUCAAAGACAGAAUUCACAUCAACAUUGCGUCAAAGAAAAUGAGGCAGAAGAUAAAGUUUGUAAAGAAACUUCAAAGGCAGAAGCACAACUGUGUGAUGAGGAAGCGUCUUCGCUUGGGGAAAAAAUGGGAGGAUUUCGUAGUUUAUUACCCGAUCAUCACAAAGAUUAUCCUCAGACUCGGAAAAUAAUCCCAGAAGAAGAAUUGUACCAGUCACCAAUAACAAAGGUAACAGAUAAACUCGAAGGACUCGAAGGAUCAGCAAAUGGAAAUCAACAGGAGCAAAAUAGUCCAGUGGCCGAGAAUGUUGCGGAUCCUCUGGAUAAUUUUCCAAGUCCUACUUUUGGACUCAAGACACCUACAUUAAGUUCUUCGCCAGGCUCAACUCCAAAAACGAGCAAACAGGCAAAUGGUGUUAAUUGCUCAACAUUAAUGGAGAGGACAUUUUCUCUGGGAAUUAUUCGUAAUUUAAGGACUUUCCAAACUAUGGAGCGAGACUGUGACAGACAAAGCGGACAGAAGCAAUGUGCUAACUUGGAUGAGCUCAAGACUUCUCUUUCCAAAGAAGCGGCAUUUUUUGUGAAAGAGAAAGGUGCACAGGAUGGCUUAUCUGAUUCAUCAUUCGAAGAGAGAAUGUUUCUCAAGAAGAGAGAGGAUAUAUAUAUACACGAUGGUUUGACAGACAGACAUAUUUCUGACGCCCGGGAAACUUCUAUGCUUCAUCCAAUUAAAAGGCUGCGCAGUCAUGAAGGAGUUAAAUUCAACCGGAAUAGUCCUCCUUCACUCUCUUCAAAAGAAAUGGGAGGGGCAGCAGAAAGUGAUUCCAUCCCUGAAGCUUCUGAGCAGACUCAAGAUGGAUUUGCAAGGGCUGUUGAACUGUUUGCCUUGGAAUUAGGGAAGCUAAAGAGUAAAUUAAAGUCAGUGGCAAGUAAGAAAUCCUCAGAAAUUUUAAUAUCUGUUGCCGAAGACAUACAGUUGCAGCUGAAGAAUGUCCAUUCCCAGAUUGAAGAAGACAUCGAGGAACAUGCAAAUCUUUGUGAGUCAAAGAGAAAGCGGUUGGAGACAAGAUUUGAAGAUCAACAGAAACAGCUGAGGCUGAUUCACGAAAAAUUCAAAGAAGAGAUUAAUCUGUAUGUUCAGGACUGCAGAAGCGCUAUUGAAGGUUUGGAAGCAGAACGAUUAGAGAUCAAGGGAGCCCUGGAAAAACAAAGGGCAUCACAUAGGAAGCUUCUGUCGCAAGUUGAAAAAGGAGUGGAGAUCCAACUGAAUGAUGCUCAAAGGAAAGUCACAGCCAUCCAGGAGUCGGCAAGGGGAAAAUUGCUCCAACUGAAGCACAUUACAGCGAUGUGCUUGAAAAAUGAUAUUCUAAAGUGACGUGAACACCGAGGCACAACAAGGAAAGGAGAAAGAAACAAGGCGUGAUUACUGUCCGCAUGCUUUGCAAGUUAGCAACACUCUCCGGAAGCAAGUGGAGGCCUUUAGAUGUCAUUAGAUUUUUAGGACCAGUGUUGUUAGAUUCAACAUACGCCUAGGGUUUUAUUGUUCGAUUUUCUAUAUUGAAUUUAAAUCUCUUGACUUACCUGAAAUGUUCAAUGAUUUCGAUAUCUCGUGAACAUAAUCUUUUUUUUUUCUUUUUACUUUCUUUUUUACAAUAUUUUUUUAUAUUCGUUAA